UAAAAUCUAUGAAGAAGAAGGAGAAGCGCGAUUGGCCGACUUGCAGGUGACGUCAGUCAGACUUCAGCCCUACGUACGCAGUCAGAGCAGAGGCGUCAACAUGGCGGCCAUGGAUGUCAUUGUGGAGCGGUUGAUGUCAGUAUGGAGGAUACCGGCGGUCAGACAGAGUUUUCCCUGGUUGUUUUUAUUCAUGUCUUUGCUGGGGUCCAUUCUGAAGGAACUGGACUUGGUUCCGCAGUCCUAUUUCAGCAGCAGCAAGAACUUCGUCAACUUGUAUUUCGUUAAAGUCUCCUGGGGAUGGACGCUGCUGCUGCUCACGCCUUUCCUCCUCUUCUCCAGCUCUGACAACCAGAGCCGCUCCGCCCUGUUCAAACGCCUACUGGCGUUAGCCGUAGCAACAGCCGUGUGGUAUGUCUGCACCGGGACCUUCCUCUACAUCGAGGACGUGACGGGCUCUUGCUUUGAUAGCAAAACUGCUUCCAUUGCUAACGAGUUCACCUCUAAAGCCGCCUGUAGGCGUGCCGGCUUCCACUGGCAGGGCCACGACAUCUCGGGCCACUCGUUCAUCCUCAGUUACUCCUCCCUGCUCAUCAUGGAGGAAAUAUCCGCCAUGACGGUUCUGAAGAAGGUCAGGCUGCACAGGACGCUGCUCAACCUUCUGUACUUGGCCUUGAACCUGAUAGUGGCGACGUGGGUGUGGAUGUUCGCCUGCACCUCUGUUUACUUUCACAACCCGCAGGAUAAGCUGCUGGGGACCGCGUGCGGACUGCUGGGGUGGUACCUGACGUACCGGUACUGGUACCAGAAGCCUUUCUCACCGGGCCUGCCGCCGCAGCGCCAGGAGAAAGAACAAAAGCAGCGUGCCUGAGGCACACCGCCGAUUUUACAAGCUUCGUUAAACCGUAGGUUAUUUUUAUCCGGGUCCAAGCUGGACGUGAAACUUGAAAACGUGUUAAGUUUUUGCAUCCUGACAGGAAGGCUGCUUUGAAAGCACAAAAUCUUAUCAAGGAUUUUGGUCCAGUUUCUAGUGCAAAUAUCUUAGUACACUGGAAAUAACUUACA